UGUGCUCCAGUCAUGGCAAUCUACGAUAUCGCUCUGUGAGACCUUUCAAUUAAGGCACUAUAGCAUCCCCGUGCAGGGCGGCGCCAUCGAGGAGCUGAACUAUUUCUUCCUGGGCAAGAAGGGUGGCUGGAGGCCUGAAUGGAAUGACGGAUUGCAAGGGCAACUUCGAAUUGCCUCCAGUAUGCUUUUCCACAUAUCCGCUUUGUUGUCUGCUGGAUGGCCACAGGAUAAGAUGCUCGAGCUGCGAGAAGCGGUCCGUCAGUGGCAGUUGCAGCUUAAAUCUAUCGACCGCAAGCGGCUAUCCUACCACAAGGCUGUCCAAGAGGCGGAUAUGGCCAGAUGUGAAGGGUCCCGUCUACUCAAUGAAAACCCAGAUACCCCAUUGGAAGCCUACGAAGAGAAUGCUAAGGCCCAUGCCCCGAAAGAUGAUUACGGCGCAGUGAGUGGUCUCGGCAGAGUCGAGGAAGACUUACAGAAUUUGUUUUUUUGGGACAGUAAAAUGGUGUUGGAUUGGCAGGGUCGUGAAUAGGUCAUGGAUUGG